AACUGCCUCACUGCACAGCUAUUGCAAAGCCCAACACCAUCCGAGCGGUGUGACCGUGUCACUCAUAGCAGUGCCGCAGCUAUGGGCAUUUUUGCGGGCUAAAGUCAUGUCAUCUGAGACUUUUAAUUGGGCCCGGGCCGCCACAGGGGGACAGCGGACGGCAUUCCUCCUCUGCCUGCGCCCUGUGUUGCUCUUCGCUGCGUGGCUCUGUGGAUAACAUGCACAUGCCUGCGCAAACAUGAGCUGCUGGAGUCCCUCUGACUGUCACUAAUGUAUUGACGCCUUGGCUACGUGCUGGAAAACGUAAACUUUGAUAAUUACAAAAUAAUAGAGUUAUAGUCUCAAGAUAGCGGAGGUAAGCUCUCGAAGAGACAGUGGUGCCAUCUUUGCUGGGAUUUGCGGAUUGACGGCUGAGACGCCUUUCUUCUGAAGAGACCUCAACAUUGACCUCACGGGAAGCGGACCGAAUCGGUGUUGAGGACUCACACUGCUACCUGAUUUAAAACUUUAACACUGACUUUUCUGCGUCGAAUUCUUGCUGCUUCAGCUUUGUUGUGUGCCUGUGACCUUACAAAGGGAUAAAUGAUCACCUCAACCAGAAGAGUGUCUCCUGAUAAAUCUGAAGUUAGAAUUGCCUUCAGCCUUGAUGACAACUCAGAUGUCUCAACAGAUGUAAAAGAUGUGGAGGACCUCUCCCAGACUUUCCCAGAUCUUGAACAGCGGCUACAGCCAGUGCCUCCUUGUGUGUCUCUGAGAGAGAGCGUUCAGGUGUACAAGGAACACUGCAGGAUGGCAAGAGAGUUCCACCAGGUCAAAAAUGAGAUUGCUGUGCUCGAGGAUCGCAAGCGCAAGUUGCUGGCGGAAAUGGUGGAGGAUGAGAAGGUUGCCAUGGAGAUCGCCCAUUUGGAGGAGGAGUUUCGGCGUCUGACAGAGGAGAACCGCACCUUGGUCACAGUCCAUAAAGAGCGUGCUAAGCAGCUGGAAAGGCUCUGCGUUAACAAUCGAACGAGGCAAGACUCCUCGUGACCUCGGCCAGAACCUAAGACCACCAGACUCUAAGCUGACACUAGGGCCAGGAACCAGGAACAAAUACUCAGCUAGUGCUCGUUUUACGCAGUCACAGUCUGUGAAUCAGCUAAUUACACAGAAAGCUGUGGUUUCUAUUCAUGUCUGAGUCAUUUGUUUGAACCACAUACAUGCAGUUAUCAAGUUGUUUUAGUGAUUCCACCAAGCUAUUACACACUGCCAGUUAACUGGGUACUGCUUUGUCUCUAUAUGAUUAUGCAUAACCCUCCUGGUUGCCAGUGGAAAAUCUAAAAAUACAAUAUUUCCAUACAUAGUCAGUUGCUGUGACUCUGAUAUCUGUCUUAGGUCCGGUAGAGACUCAAAUGUUUUAUCUGAGAUCUGCUGAGGGAGCCAAAGGUGGUACGAUGUGGUCCAAGUAUUUUAUUUAAGGAGUGUUUAACCUCCUCUCCCUCUCUCCUACACCCAGCUCAUGGAUGAAUGUUUCACACACUGUCAGGCAUCUGGAAAAUAUAAGUAUUUGUGAAGAACAGAAAUAUAAUGGGUGACUAAGUAUUUCACAGUAUAUGCUGCAACACAACACUGUAAGACUUGUACAUUUUCUUUUUUUUCUUUUUUCUUUUUUUUGAGGUAGUGUAUGUAGUAGAAACAGGGAAAUGUACAGCAUGACGAACUGUUGGUUAUUGUCCUCAUACAAAUAAAAUGUGUUUUAUUUUGACACUCGCAUCAGUUCCCUAUUUUCAUUUCUCCAAGCCAGUGUUAUGUGUGUGUUUUUAUGUCCAUAGUGAUUACAAAGAAAAGGGAACUAGAUUGUUUUUUUUUUUAUGUCAAGAUUAGAUCAUUCUGGAGUUAUGAAACUGUCACCUGAUUGGCUGGUUUGACUCUUGACAGGCUUCCCUGUUUCUCCAAAUCAUGUGAUAUUAGAAACAGCACUUUGUAGUUUUGCACUGCUGUAGCUCCUCCAUUCACUGAAGCUGUCCCUUUUCUUUACAGAAAACCCAUUGUCUACAGUAACAUUCACGCCAUUUGUCUGACGUUAUGACUUUUCACCUCCUAUCACAGCAAUUUCAUCAGUAUAUACUUGGCCAGUAAAAGUUGCUGACACAUAUAAUUAUAUUAGCUAUUCAGAUACUGUUUGAUGCAUAAUAAUGAUAAUGUGUAAUUAUAUGGGGCAGCAGUGCUCAAACAGGUGCCGU